AUGCCAUUACCAAGCCAUUUCGGUCUUCCCCGGUCAAAUGAGACCCCAGUCCAUGCCAAACAGGGACCCUCGGCAGCUAGCGGAGCUUCUACCCAAAACAAACCGGUUCGAGUGGCUCUUGCCUGUAACCAGUGUCGAAAGCGCAAGGUUCGCUGUGACGCCCAUCAGCCGAAAUGCCGGAACUGUAGGGUCAGGGGGGAGUUAUGUGAAACGUCAGAUCCCCGAAAGCCGGAAAAUAGCUCUGCCGUUCGCCGCCGAGCCACCAAGCGCUGGCAGUCGAAGGUUCGGCAGGACGUGGCCCAGGCUAUCCCACCAGUCCAUCACUCGCCAGCGACUGUUGGUCCAGUGCCAGUUGCUCCAGAUGUAGUGAGCUCUAUUAAUUCAGUGCUGACUCCGACCGUCCCUACCGCAGACCACCUGGUGGGUCAAGCUUCGGCGGAUGUAGGACGCAUGUCGAGGAGCUCCGCCAUACCCGGAUCAUCAGUGAGCACAGAUGUCGUAUCAACGCGUACGAAUCGAAGUGAGAGGCUAGGGGAAGAUCACCUUUCAUGGCAGUCCAGGGCAUACCAGGAGAGCACUGCUGCUCAAGUGGAAGAAGCUACACAUGGGCAUAGUAUAACUGAACUGGGUGGGGCCCAAACACCCGUGACACCAGAUGUUGGUGGCAAUGCAGAUGGUGCAGCGGGCAGAACUAAGGUUGGUGUUCACAUUGGCGCCAGUAGUGUGCACUGCCUCUUUAACUUUGUCGAUCUGCAUCUAGCAAGAUUGCCAAAGCCUGUCCACAUACGUGGACAUCUUCUUCUCGCGAUUUUGGCCAAUCUACCCGUGAUCGAUCAAGGCAACUUCGAAGCAGAGAUUAGAACUAUCCGAACCAUACAGGCAGCCAGCCCCGAAAGCUGGCAAGAAAGAGUUACGCUGGCUCAUGUACCUGCUCUUGUUUCCGCUUACGCAAUUAUUUCGCUUGGCACGAACGAGACAUCCGAAGAUCUAGAGCUGAGCUUCGACUAUCUGACAGCUAGCCACAGUCUUCACGGACAUUUGACUGCCAUACCUUACUUGACAAGCGUGCAAUCGCUAUUUCUCUUGUCUCUUGCACUCAGGGCUGCUGUAAAAGACUGUCAGGCGUGGAAUAUCAUCGGCCAUGCAGUCCGCAUGGCCCAGUCUUUUGGGCUACACAAAUUACAUGCUUCUACUUCUGCGGAAGGCCUCACGGCUGGCCCCGAGCCAGAAACCCUUCCCGAACGUGUUUGGUGGUCCUGCUUUGCUCUAGAGAAGCUCAUGCAGCUAGAGUGCGGAAGACCAUCUAUUCUCGACAGAAGCUAUGACUCACUCUAUUUCUACUUCCUUGUCGACGAAGUGGCGUGUCACGUUCUCCCGUACUUCAAAGCAUGGAUUGCAUUGAGUAGCAUCAUGGGUCGAAUAUCGAACCGUCUAUACUCGCACAGAUUUCAGGGCGGAUCCGCUGAAAUGCUCGGCGAGGUCAUAAGACUAGACCAGGAGCUAUUGGGGUGGGAAAAAUCCCUGCCAGAUUCGCUCAAGCCUUGCAACACAACUACCGGUUAUACCGGAGACGAUCACAGGGUCAUUUCAACCUUUCUUUCCCAACAGUACUAUCACGCGCAGCUCAGUGUGAUGCGCUUUGCGAUCAUCUUCCCACAGAAAAGCAUCGAGAUCGAAGUGAUCAAGAACAAGGACAAGCUACCAAGCCACCCUCGACUCUUAGAUGGCGCAUCAAUCUGCGCCAAUGCGGCAAGAUCAAUAGUGACACGGUCGCUUCAACUAGCUGAUAUGCGUUUACGAUCGACGCUACUCGCAGCCCCUCCUACCUACUUGGCCGCGGUAGUCCUCACUCUUGGUGUCCUGAGGCAGCCUAAGAGCAGGCUUGUUAGAUCUGACGUUGAGCUUCUGGCCUCUGCUACUGAGUUUGUAGAGGCCUGGUAUCUUUAUCGUGGAUUUGGGCUCGCCGUUACCCAGACAUGGACUCAGCUGCGGGAACGGAUGGUUUCCAUCUUUCAGCGGCAGGACGGUAGCAUUCGAAAACCCUCCAUGGAAAGCUCAGCUGAGUAUGGGGUCGAAACGAUGUCGGGGCAGCGCCAGCGACCGGGCGUCAUAGGAUCGAAUGACCACCCAUUACAUUCGGGUGACCAGGUUUCACGACGUAGCCUUCAGGAGUUGGAAGCAAUCGAUGCGACCAACCCCAGUGCAGAUCCUUUUGGAAACUUUGAAUUUAAUGACCUAUGGAAUAUGACAGAAUUGGACUUCGGGGCCUAUGACGAGUAUUCAGUCAGUGCAAAAUAG